AUGGCAGCAAAGUCAGCGGGGCGGAAGGAUGAGGAAGAGGAAUGCUUUGUGGCCCGGCUCAGGCAAACUCCUGCUCUCACCUGGGGUGCCGAGAAGCUGUGCCGGGCACAACUUGGGAAAUCUGCCUCAGCAGAUGGGCUAAAACUGGGUGGCGGGAAGAACACUGAGAGAGCUCUGGCCGAUGUCAGUGCCAAGGUCUUCCCUUGCAGGCCAGGCCACUGCCUGACUCUGGAAGGGAACGGACUCAGCACCUUCACAAAAAUCGCCUUUUUGUACCAAUGGCUAGAAGCACAUCGUCAUGGCAAGAGCCAAGAUGAAGUAAACACAGUUUCAGGAGAAAACUUUGACCAAAGUCCUUUGAGAAGAACUUUCAAGUCCAGGGUUUUGGCCCACUACCCGCAGAAUGUAGAAUGGAACCCCUUUGACCAAGAUGCAGUAAAUAUGCUUUGUAUGCCGAAAGGGCUGUCGUUCAGGACUCACAAGGACAGCAGAGACCCCCAGUUCCAUUCCUUUAUCAUCACCCGGGAAGACGGCUCGCGCACCUACGGCUUCGUGCUCACCUUCUAUGAGGAGGUGACGAGCAAGCAGAUCUGCACGGCCAUGCACACCCUGUACCAGAUGCACAAUGCCGAGCGUUACAGCGGCGUCUGCGCCUCGUCCUCCUGCAGUCUGGACUCCCUCACCGGCAGCAUGGAUGAGGGAGAUGCAACGUCCCUCGCCAAGCUCCAGCGCUACAACUCCUACGACAUCGGCAGAGACACCCUGUAUGUCUCCAAAAGCAUUUGUCUGAUCACUCCUCUGCCCUUCAUGCAAGCUUGCAAGAAGUUCCUGCUUCAGCUCUAUAAGGCCGUGAGCUCCCAGCAGCCCCCACCCUUACCGCUCGAGAGCUACAUCCACAACAUCCUUUACGAGGUGCCCCUUCCUCCCCCGGGCAGGUCGCUCAAGUUCUACGGUGUUUACGAGCCUGUCAUUUGCCAGAGGCCCGGACCCAACGAACUCCCCCUUUCAGACUAUCCUCUUUGGGAAGUCUUUGAGCUUCUGGGGCUGGAGAAUCUCGUUCAGGUGUUCACAUGUGUUCUUCUAGAAAUGCAGAUUCUCUUAUAUUCGCAAGAUUAUCAGCGCCUGAUGACAGUGGCAGAAGGGAUCACCACACUCUUGUUCCCGUUUCAGUGGCAGCAUGUCUAUGUCCCCAUUCUUCCUGCUUCCCUCCUUCAUUUUCUUGAUGCUCCCGUCCCUUAUCUGAUGGGUCUCCAGUCAAAAGAAGGAACCGAUCGCUCUAAACUAGAACUUCCGCAGGAGGCAAACCUAUGCUUUGUGGACAUAGAUAAUCAUUUCAUCGAACUGCCUGAAGAAUUUCCACAGUUCCCUAAUAAGUUGGAUUUUAUCCAGGAAAUCUCCGAAGUGCUCCUUCAGUUUGGAAUCCCGCCAGAAGGGGGCCUCCACUACAGCGAGAGCAGCAUCAAACUCAAGAAUAUGGUUCUGAAGGACUGGGUCAGCGACAAGAAGAACGGCAACGUCUCGGCCAACACGAUCCACAUGUACGAGUUCCUGAAAGGCAACGAAACCAUCGCCCGCCUCCAGGCGCUCACCAAGAGGACGGGCGUAAGCGUGGACCAAGUGGCCCUCUCUCCCGCGCUGGCCGAGAAGAAGCUAAAACUGCAGUGCGAGGAGGCCGAGCUGAGGGACUAUAAGCUCAACGUCCAGCUGCGGGAGGUCUUUGCCAACCGCUUCACACAGAUGUUUGCCGAUUACGAGGCUUUCGUGAUCCAGACGGCCCAGGACAUGGAGUCGUGGCUGACCAAUAGGGAGCAGAUGCAGAACUUCGACAAAGCUUCUUUCCUGUCCGAUCAGCCUGAGCCUUAUCUCCCAUUUCUUUCACACUUCAUUGAAACACAGAUGUUUGCCACCUUUGUUGACAAUAAAAUUAUGUCCCAGUGGGAGGAAAAAGAUCCUCUCCUUCGGGUCUUUGACUCCAGGAUUGAGAAGCUGAGGCUGUAUAAUGUCAGAGCACCGGUUUUGCGGACCUCCAUUUAUCAGAGAUGCAGCACUUUAAAAGAAGCAGCUCAGGCCAUUGAGCAGCGGCUGAUGAAGAUGGACCACAGCGCCAUACACCCCCAUUUACUGGACAUGAAGAUCGGCCAAGGCAGAUACGAGCAGGGCUUCUUUCCGAAGCUGCAGGCGGAUGUCCUGACCACCAACCAUAAUCGCUGGGUUAGCCGGAGUGCCACAGCACAGCGCCGGAAAGACCGCCUCCGCCAGCAUUCUGAGCACGUGGGACUAGACAAUGACCUAAGGGAGAAAUAUAUGCAGGAGGCCAGGAGUUUGGGGAAGAACCUGAGGCAGCCCAAACUGUCCGACCUCUCUCCCGCCGUGAUCGCUCAGACCAACUGGAAAUUCGUGGAAGGCUUGCUCAAGGAGUGUCGCAUGAAGACAAAGCGCAUGCUGGUGGAGAAGAUGGGGCACGAGGCCGUCGAGCUCGGCCACGGCGAGGCCAACAUAACGGGCUUGGAGGAGAAUACACUCAUCGCCAGUCUGUGCGACCUGCUGGAGCGAAUCUGGAGCCACGGCCUUCUCGUCAAGCAGGGGAAGUCCGCUUUGUGGUCACAUUUAAUUCAGUAUCAGGACCGAGAAGAGAAGCAGGAGCACCUCGCCGAAUCCCCAGCUGUGGCCCUUGGACCAGAAAGAAGAAAGUCUGACUCUGGAAGCACAUUGCCAACCCUUAGAGUGUCUCUUAUCCAAGACAUCAGGCACAUUCAGAACAUGAGUGAGAUCAAGACGGACGUGGGCCGGGCUCGGGCCUGGAUCAGGCUGUCCCUAGAGAAGAAGCUCCUGUCUCAGCACCUCAAGCAGUUGGUCUCCAACCAGCCCCUGACCAAGAAGCUCUACAAGCGCUACGCCUUCCUGCGCUGCGAGGAGGAGAGGGAGCAGUUCCUGUACCACCUGCUCUCCCUCAACGCCGUGGACUACUUCUGCUUCACCAGCGUCUUCACCACCAUCAUGAUUCCUUAUAGAUCAGUGAUCAUCCCAAUUAAGAAGCUAAGCAAUGCAAUCAUCACUUCCAACCCUUGGAUCUGUGUGUCAGGCGAACUGGGAGAUACAGGCGUGAUGCAGAUUCCUAAAAACCUCCUUGAAAUGACCUUCGAGUGCCAGAACCUGGGGAAACUGACCACUGUCCAAAUCGGUCACGAUAACUCGGGGUUAUUGGCCAAGUGGCUCGUGGACUGCGUCAUGGUGCGAAAUGAAAUCACGGGACACACAUACAGGUUCCCAUGUGGACGGUGGCUUGGAAAGGGAAUCGAUGAUGGAAGUUUGGAGAGAAUUCUUAUCGGAGAACUGAUCCCAUCCACGACGGAGGAAGAUCUGGGAAAACAGUGCCGGACGCCGCCCCAGCAGAAAUCCCCUACCAUAGCCCGAAGGCUGAGCAUCACUUCUCUCACUGGGAAAGUGAAUAGCAAACCCAAUGCUGGGCAGAUUCAAGAGGGAAUCGGGGAAGCCGUGAACAACAUUGUGAAACACUUUCACAAACCCGAAAAAGAGAGGGGGAGCCUCACCGUGCUGCUCUGUGGAGAAAGCGGCCUGGUCGCGGCCUUAGAGCAAGUUUUCCAUCAUGGAUUCAAGUCUGCCCGAAUCUUUCACAAGAACGUCUUCAUCUGGGACUUCAUAGAGAAAGCAGUUGCUUAUUUUGAAACGACGGAUCAGAUCGAGGACACGGAAGAUGAAGUCCUUAUCCAGAAAUCGUCGUGCAAAACCUUCUGCCACUACGUCUCGGCCAUCAACACUGCCCCCCGGCACAUCGGGAAGGAUGGCAAAUUCCAGGUCCUGGUUUGUCUUGGGACACGGGAUCACCUGCUGCCCCAGUGGAUUCCGCUGUUGGCCGAGUGUCCGGCCAUCGCUCGGAUGUACGAGGAAAACGCCCUCCUCCGGGACCGCAUGACCGUCAACUCUCUCAUCCGCGUCCUGCAGACGAUCCAGGACUUCCCCAUCGUCUUAGAAGGGUCCCUGGUGAAAGGCGUCGACGUUUAG